AUGAGCGAGGCUCCUGAGGUUAAGCAGGAGGCGACGAUCGAGGCCGCCGUCAAUACACAAACCAGAGCCGCUGCAGAGGCAGCGGAACAGAAUAUUGUCGAGGCCUCCAAGAAUGCGGGUGUCACGGCCUUCAAUUUCGAUGCUGACGCCAGCGUAGAGGAGAAGCGAGCGGCCACCAGAGCUGCGAUCCCGGCCGAAUUAAAGAAGAGGCCCAAGGGCGUCGCCAUUGUCACCGACGUUGACGAUGGUACCGGCCCGGACGAGGACCUCCCGGAGGCAAGCAAGGCCGGCGCUAUCGAUGUCGCGAAAGAUGCAAAUGGAAGGCCCGUCGUUGAUGCCGACCCGGAAGCUGGAGAGGUGCCAUUUUCGCGAACUGGAUGGGCGCCAAUGUUUGGGCCACUUGGUGGCAAGGACGAAGAGCAGGAAAGCUUGCUUGAUCACCAGACGUGGCUCGAGCAGAAGAUCCCCGAUAUCUUGUACGGCGACUGGUACCAUAACGCAGCUAUCAUUGUCUUUGCUUGUCUGACGUCCUGGCUCAUUGCCGUGCUUGGCGGUGGUCUAGCAUGGGUAAUGAUCGUCAUGGCCAUUUGCUCUACAUAUUAUCGAACUUCGCUUCGACGAGUCCGGCGCAACUUUCGCGACGACAUUCGACGUGAAAUGGCACUCAAGAAGCUGGAAGACGACAAUGAGUCCGUGGAAUGGAUCAACUCAUUUCUUGUCAAGUUUUGGCCCAUCUAUCAGCCCGUGCUCGCCGACACUGUCGUCAAGUCUGUUGAUCAGGUCCUGAGCGGCGCCACCCCUUCGUUUCUCGAUAGUCUAAGAUUGAAGACCUUCACUCUGGGCAGCAAGCCUCCCCGAAUGGAACAUGUCAAAACUUAUCCCAAGACAGAGGAUGAUGUCGUUCUUAUGGACUGGAAAUUUAGCUUCACACCAAACGACAAAACGGACAUGACUUACCGGCAGCUUAGCAAUAAAGUCAACCCAAAAAUCGUUCUGGAGAUUCGUGUUGGUAAAGCCAUGAUCAGUAAGGGUCUUGAUGUCAUUGUCGAGGAUAUGGCAUUUUCCGGUCUCAUGCGCCUCAAAGUCAAACUCCAGAUUCCCUUCCCUCACGUUGACCGAGUUGAGAUGUGUUUCCUAGAGCGUCCAACUAUUGAUUAUGUCUGCAAGCCUUUGGGUGGAGAGACUCUGGGUUUUGAUAUCAAUUUCAUUCCCGGACUGGAGAGUUUCAUCCUGGAACAGAUCCAUGGAAAUCUUGCCCCCAUGAUGUAUGCUCCCAAGGUCUUCCCGAUCGAGGUUGCCAAGAUGCUUGCCGGCACACAACUGGAUCAAGCUGUUGGUGUUGUCGCCGUUACUAUCUACAGUGCCCACGGCCUGAAGAACAGCGACAAUUUCGGCGGCACCAUCGACCCGUACGCAUCCAUCUCACUGAGCCAACGCAAGGAGCUUGCCAGAACCAAGGUUGUUGAGGAUAAUCCCAAUCCACGAUGGAAUGAGACACACUAUAUCAUUGUUUCGUCAUUUUCCGAGUCCUUGGAUAUCCAGAUCUUUGACCACAACGAUUUCCGCAAGCAUAAACAACUGGGUGUGGCAUCAUUUCCUCUUGAGAACCUCGAGGAGUUGUACGAGCAUGAAAAUGAGCGCCUGGAAGUCAUCCAUAGCGGCAAGCCCCAUGGUACGGUGACGUGCGACUUUCGCUUUUUCCCGGUCCUGGAAGCCACCAAGGACGAUGAAGGGGUUGAGCAACCACCACCUGAAUCGAACCAAGGUAUUUUGCGCUUUACGGUCCAGCGUGCCGCUGAACUUGAUGGUACGAAGAGCAUGAUUGGGCAGCUCAACCCGUAUGCUGUUUUAUUCUUGAAUGGCAAGGAAAUUCACCAGACGAAGAAGCAAAAGCGCAUCAAUGACCCCAUCUGGGAUAACGGAUCCAAAGAAAUCCUCAUCACCGACCGUAAGAAGGCAAAACUUGGCGUUACAAUCAAAGACGAUCGUGAUAUCGCUGGUGACCAAACCAUUGGAAAGUAUCAGAUCAAGCUUGAUGACAUCCUUGAAAUGAUGGCCCAGGGCAAAGAAUGGUACCAUCUCUCGGGUGCUACCACAGGUCGUGUUCAGUUGACGGCCAAGUGGAAGCCUGUUGCCAUUAGUGGCGUUGUUGGUACUGGUGGGUAUGUGACUCCCAUCGGAAUUAUGCGCUUCCAUUUCAAGAGAGCCGAGAACUUGCGUAAUCUGGAGGCCUUUGGAAAAUCGGACCCCUACACACGCGUGUUGCUCUCGGGUAUUGAAAAGGCUCGCACAGUAACGUUCAGGAAUGACCUGAACCCAGCUUGGGACGAGGUUCUGUAUGUUCCAAUCCAUUCGGCAAGGGACAAGCUUACCCUCGAAGUCAUGGACACUGAAAAGGUGGGCAAGGAUCGCAGUCUGGGACUUGUCGAAUUAUUUGCUGGCGACUAUAUUCAACAGGAGGAUGGCGAGUACCUCAUCCAUGAAGAGAAGAAAGAGCGGCAGGAAGGCCUUCGUCUCCACGGAAGGGGAGUUGCCAAGGGUACUUUGGUGUUCAAUUGUGCUUUCUACCCUUGCCUCAAUAUUGCCGAUCCGGAAGAGGAGGAAGAGGAGGCUGCAAAUGGAGAUGCCACCAAGCCCAGAGUGUCAACCGACCAGUCUACCGUGGAGUCAAAGGGGAGGUCCUCUCUUGAUCGAUCAGGCGAAGCCGGGAAGUUCAAGGCAAGCCUUGAUACCUCAGUCGGCAAGGACAAAGAAGGCGACGAGCAGCCACCCCUUACACCCAUUACUCCCACGUCCACUGUCGGCAGACCCUCAGUUGAGUCAAGGCCUAAAAUCAGACUUAGUCCCGAGGAGCUUCUUCGAUAUGAGAGCGGUCUGCUCAUUUUCCAUCUGAUGGAAUCGGAGAUGGCUGAAAGCAAUUGCCGACUUGAGGUCUUCGUGGAUGAUUACAUGUAUCCCUCAUACACGUCUGCUACGUCCAGGCAGAAGUCCUACAAGUUUGAUGAAAUCGGCGACUGUGUGAUUCGUGAACUGGAUUUCUCUCGCCUUACGAUCAAAUUGAAGAAGAAGGGGGAUGAUGACGACGACACGCUGGCCUAUCUCACGGGAAACACCGUUGACACACUGAAGCAAUGCUUGAACAACCCAACAAAACUCAUGCUCAAGAGCGAGGAUGGUAAGUCGGGUUGGGUGAAGGUCAGUCUCAAGUACGUUCCCUUCAAGAUGCAGCUCGACCCAAGUGAGAGCAUCAACAACAUGGGUCGCCUGCGGGUAGACGUUCUGGAUGCUGUAGAUUUGCCGGCUGCCGAUCGCAACGGAAAGAGCGACCCCUAUUGUAAAUUCGAGCUCAAUGGGGCCGAAAUUUACAAGACGAAGACGAUCAAGAAGACGCUCGCGCCCGUGUGGAAUGAAAAUUUCGAGGUGGAUGUUCCUUCUAGAACAGCGGCCAACCUGGUGGUCAACGUCUAUGACUAUGACUUUGCCGACAAGCCCGAUUUCUUGGGCGCUGCCAGCAUCAAUUUGGAGUCCCUCGAUCCGUUCAAGGCCUCUGAAAGUCGUUAUAUUCUGGAUGGGAAAUCUGGAAGCGUCCGUAUCAGGCUCCUGUUCCGACCAGAUUACAUUCGCCGGGCAAGACAGGGAACUUCAACCUUUGCUGGAACAUUCGCUUCCACCCCAGGACGCAUUGUCACCGGUGUGGCAGGUGCCCCCUUCAAGGGUGGUGCCGCUGUUGCAGGCGUGGUGGGAUCGGGUGUCGGAAGAAGCGCAACAUUCCUCAGGAAAGGCCUCUUUGGUAAGAAGGAUGAGGAAGCGAAAACAAAUGGACACACUCUUCCAACUAUCAUGGCUACCGAGGAGCCUGUCCUGUCACCGAACGCUGUAUCGGACUCUCCCAUAGACCGUCCCGUGACAAGCAACGGACAAACUCCUCAUUCCCGCACUAAGAGCUUCGGGGGUGCUUCUGUUCGCAGCUCGAUGAUCCCUGGUGCGGGGAGCGGUACCGCUACAUUCACCGUUGUCAGCGCCUCCGACUAUCCUCCGUCAGCUGACCUGUAUGUCUCAAUCACUCAAAUCUUGCCCAAGGAGAAGAGUGUGGGCAAGACCAAGCAUUUCAAAUCUCCCGGUGGACACUGGGUUUUCGACGAAUCCUUCAAAAUUGUCUGUGCACCAGACGCCCAAUUCAAGAUUGAGGUCAAGGGUGAGCACUUGUUCGGCAGUGAUGAUGACCUGGGCGAGCACAUCUAUUUUGUGGACGAGAGCGGUGCCGGUCUUGCCAAGGAUCUUACUGUGGGCAGUGGCACGGUUACGCUGAAGAGCGCUUUCCAACCAGCUGAGACGUCCAAUCUAUUGGGUGAGAGUCCCAAGCCUUUGCGACGCGGCCUCUUGAGCAAGCGAGAUGCGGGCCGCAGCAGCCGGGAGACUACUCCUAACCCCUAG